AUGACUGUGGAGAGCACAGAGUCCAAGGGGCCCAUGCGGGAACCGGAGCACGGGGGGCCCAAGGUACCGGUGGCCACCGUCCCCCCGCGGCGCCGGGGACGCCGCCUGCGGUGCAAGCCCCCGAUGGAGUCCCCGCCGAAAGGGCAGCUCCGCAUGCGCUCGCCGGCAGGAGCCUUUGUCAUGGUGGGCAUCUCAGUGGUCCUGGUGGGCAUGACCAUUGCUGUGGUGGGCUACUGGCCUCACCGGGGACAUGGGGGCACCGGGGCCAGUGCGGGGAACACCAGCGUAGUGGGGGAUAUGAGGAGAGAGGUGGCAGCUUGGCGCCACAUGCCCCACAGUGAGAAGCUGAAGCUGAUCGGCCCUGUCAUCAUGGGCAUUGGGCUCUUCAUAUUCAUCUGCGCCAACACAAUGCUGUACGAGAACAGGGACAUGGAGACCCGGCAGCUGAUGCAGAAGGGGCUCUACGGCCUGACAUUGGGGCUGCCUGAGGGGACCAGCCCUGAGGACGGGCACUGCCAGCGUCGGGGCAGCCAUCCCUUCCCCAAGGCAAAUGCUGAGUGCGUGGAGGGCUGUUACCAGGUGGACCUGUCCUGCCAGCCCUGUCCUGGCCCCAGCAGCAAGUGGUCUGACUGUUACGGCCCCAACCGGCUCCAGACCAUGGCCGAGUUCCUGCAGCACCCGGCAGCUUCCCCUGCAGUCUCUGUCCACAGCCUCCACUCCACCGAGGUCAACCUGAGCCUCCUAUGCCACGCUGGAGCCGAGUCCCUCCUGUCCUCGGCCGUGGGGUCCUUGGCGCUGCCCAUCAUCAAGCUCAACAACUGCUUGCUGGACGGGGCAGCACGGGGGGCUAGUGAGGGGGCAGGGAGGAGCCCUGCUGAGCAUCCCCCCAAAACACCCCAGCUCUCCCGGGCUCCACUUUCCAUUGGUGACAGCACCACACCCUGGGGCCAGGAUGGUGGUGGUGGUGAUGGUGGCCACGUUGUCAUCAACAUGGAUGACAGCUGUCCUGGUGUGGAGCCGCUGGUGGAGCUCAGCCCCGAUGUGCACCUCCACACCCCAGGACACUCCAAAUCCCUGGAUCUUGGCCAGCCAGGGGUGCUGCUGCUGGCCCCCAUCAAGGACCAUAAGAACCGGAGCUGGCCUCGGCUGGACCAUGUCAGCCUUGUGGGCUAUGCCAAACUGGAAAGUACUGGCGAGUCCUCGGACCGGCUGCUGGAGCCCAGUGAGCCCUCAAGCCGGGGCGAGCCCCGACCCAGCUCCUGGGUGGUGGGGGUGGAGCAGGGCACACGGGUCUGA